AUGGCGACGAGUAAAAUGUUUGUCAGGGGACUAAGAGACUCUGAUAUACGUCUUCAUCUUCUUCAAGAUAAACUAUUGCAACCGUUUAAAGAAGUAGUCGAGAAGGCAGCUACAUUGGAACUAGCGACAAGUGAGAGCAGAAUAGUUAAGACAAAUGAAUAUCGAGAGGAAGUACACCAAGUAUCGAGCAAGAACAAACACCUGGAUAAUGUUCAGUACAAAGAUCAAAGUUUUGUUGGAAAACUGUACAUUGUAAACAAGUGUGUAGACUCUAUAUUCGGAAGAGAAUGGAUAAGAGAGAUUCAGCUUGAUGCAGCUGACAUACAUUCAUUAGAUUCAAGUGAAACAAAUGAAAACAUUCAAGAACUAGAUAAACUGAUGAUUCAAUACGAAGACAUUUUCAAAGAAGGCAUUGGGAAAAUACCAAACGAAAAGGGCCAUUUUAAUGUAAAAGACGAAACCCAGCCAAUAUACAUCAAACCAAGACACAUGCCAUAUGCACUUCAAGAAAAGGUAGAGAAAGAACUUGAACGACUGGAAACUUUGGGUAUAAUCACACUAGUCGAAUCAUCUGAUUGGGGCACUCCAAUUGUUCCGGUCGUCAAACCAAAUGGUUCAGUCAGAAUAUGCGCUGACUACAAGGUGACAUUGAACAAAGUCAUCAAAGACGAACACUACCCUAUACCUCGGAUCGACGAUAUCAUGUCAAAGAUGCAUUGUGGAAAGAUAUUUUGUACUCUUGAUAUCAGUAAUGCAUACUUGCACCUGGAGAUGGACGAAAACAGUGCCAUAAUGCAAACAAUCAGUACUCAUAAAGGGCUGUUUAAGGUGAACCGAUUAAUGUUUGGAGUAAAAGUGGCACCCUUGUUAUGGCAGAGAUUCAUGGACAAAACAUUACAUGGCUUAGAAGGUGUACAAAGUUUCUUCGAUGAUGUCAUUAUCCAAGGAUCUAACCGGGAACAGCUUCUUCGCCGACUGAAACAGGUGUUCGAACGACUGAAGACAAACGAUUUGAGGCUAAAUAGAGACAAAUGCAAGUUUUUCCAGACGAAAAUUGAGUAUUUAGGUCAUGUGAUCGAUAGCAAAGGGCUACAUAAGUCAGAUACCAAGAUACAGAGCAUUCUGAAAUGUAAAAGGCCAGAAAACGUUUCUGAACUCCGAACAUUCCUGGGCCUAGCAAAUUAUUACAACAAAUUCAUAAAGAAUUUGGCAACACUACUACAUCCGUUGAACCUACUGCUACGAAAAGGAAACCCUUUCAAUUGGAAUUCAUCUUGUGAAAAGAGUUUUCAGAAGAUUAAGGAAAUUAUCACAAGUGACGACGUUUUGGUUCACUUUGAUCCUAGCUUACCUCUGGUCUUAGCUACUGAUGCUUCACCGGUAGGUGUGGGAGCCGUUCUGUCUCACCGCUAUAGCAAUGGAACGGACAGACCAAUUGCCUUCGCCUCUCGAUCUUUAACCAAAUCAGAACAAAAAUACUCUCAAAUCGACAAGGAAGCCUUGGGAAUAUAUUGGGGCUUGAAAAAGUUUUUCCAAUUUUGUUAUGGCCGCAAAUUUACUUUGAUUACAGACCACAAACCGCUAGUCUCAAUUUUUAAUCCAGCAAAGACCUUACCAACAAUCUCGGCAACACGGAUAUUCAACUAUGCUCACUUUCUCUCCGGGUUCAACUAUGACAUAGAGUACAGGCAAACUGCUCAUCAUAGCAAUGCAGAUUAUCUCUCACGUUUCCCUACUGAAGUUGUACAAGAAAACGCUAUAGAUGACCUCUCCAAGUACCACAUAAACCAACUAGAAACACUCAAUGUCAACAGUACCGUGGUGGCUAAGGAAACUAUCAACGAUUCUGUGUUGGGUCCAGUCCUACAGGCCUUAAAAUCAGGACAAUCUGUGGAACAAUAUGGAUUUCACGAUAACGAACUGUCCAUUCAAGAUGAUUGUGUACUGAAGGGCUGGAGAGUCAUGAUACCUCAAUCCCUCAAACCUCACGUGCUUCGAGAAUUACACGUAGCUCAUUUAGGAGAAAUAAAAAUGAAGGCUUUAGCUCGCAGUUUUUGCUGGUGGAAAAGUAUAGACAAGGAUAUUGAACAUAUGGUAGCUGAAUGUCGACAAUGCAUUGAACAAUGCAACAACCCGAGAAAAACUAUCCAUCCAUGGGAACAACCUACUAAUCCAUGGGAGAGAGUGCACAUUGAUUUCUUAGGACCAACAGAUGGCCAACAGUACCUCAUAUUAGUGGAUGCUUUUAGUAAGUGGGUGGAGGUGAUACAGACAAGAACAACUACAAGUACAUGGACAGUCCAAGAAUUACGGAAAAUCUUUUCAACUUUUGGGUUCCCUCAAAUCUUAGUUUCAGAUAAUGGAAGACAGUUUGUUUCCCAAGAGUUCAAAAACUUCAUGAAUGAAUGUGGGAUUGUUCACAGAACAACAGCACCAUAUGACCCAAACUCAAACGGACAGGCUGAAAGAUACGUGCAGACUGUCAAGAAGGCGUUAAAAUCCAUGGAGGGAGAAAAGGGAUGGCAUCCACUGGUCCACAUAGAUGGGAGUAUCCAGUCAAUGCUAGAAAAAGUCGAGUUCAAUCACAAAAUAUCCUCUAUAGUCUGUAUGAAUCGACCUCUGUUCAGCUGGGGACUGGCCAAAGGUUCUCACCCAGGUAGAAAGAAGGUGGAUCAAGAGGCAUUUUCCAUCAUACACACUAAAAUCGCUAGAGCGGCCAGCGUCCAGAAAAAUAAGGUUCUGAUUCAUGGAAGUCCCGAUUCGUUAUGCCAGUGUCUUAGUAGUGAAGAACGGAAAUCGCAGCCAAGCAAUACUGCCAAGUCCAGAGGAGCAGCCUGUAGAUGCUCAUCUGAUGUGUGUUUGCUGCUUGAGGCCAUAGAUUUCAUCGCCUUCUUCGAGAUGAUCCAGUGUCUUCGUUCACUGAGUCCCUUGGAAUCUCUCCGGUGUGAAGUCCCAGAAGAGUUUGGAGAUCCUCAAGACCAACGACGGGGUUCAAGAAUGAAGUUCUUCCAGUUGACCUUUGAGUGA